AUGGGGCUUGCUAAGCCAAUAAACAUUCCUAUGCAUGCUUCCACUAAGCUUGACAAAGAUAAAAAUGAAAAUAAUGUUGACAAGACAAGAUACCAAAGAAUGAUAGGCUCACAAAUAUAUUUAACAGCUUUAAGACCUGACAUAAUAUUUAUUGUGAGGCUGUGUUCAAGAUUUCAAUCCCAACCUAAAGAGUCUCACUUAAGUGCGGUGAAGAGAAUCAUUCGAUACAUCUUUGGCACCACAAAUUACGGGUUAUGGUAUCCUAAAUCUGACUCAAUUAAUUUAAUUGGAUAUUCAGAUGCUAAUUUUGCAGGUGAUAGAAUAGAUAGAAGAAGCACUAGUGCUAUUUGCUGCACCAUUGGAAAUGUGUUGAAUGUUUGGACUAACAAGAAACAAGGGAAAGUGGCGAUGUUCACUGUAGAAGCUAAGUAUAUCGUUGUCUCUCUUUUCUGUUGUCAACUUUUUUACUACAAGUUGAAUGUAUCUAAUAUUCUUUUGAUGUGUGAUAACAUGAGUGUUAUUAACAUUUCUAAAAACUUAGUUUUGCUCUCUAGAAUAGAACACAUUGAAGUUAAAUAUCACUCUAUUAGAGAACUUGUCCACAAUAGAAAUAUUGAUAUUCAAUUUGUUAAGUUUAAGGAUCAACUAGCUGAUAUUUUGACCAAACUAUUAGUUGAAGAGAGGUUUUUGCAAGCUUAG